UCAGUUUCAUUUGUCGACUGGAUCAAAUACAUGGACAGCAUGUACUAUAGACAUAUGCACCACGAAAUCUAUUUGAGGCUUUUAUACAUAAAGAUGAAUUCCAGCACCAGGGAUGUUGAACAAGAGCUUGAUCGUAUCAGCAACCUCCCAGAGCCAAUUAGAUGUCUAAUCAUCUCAAGGCUUCCUAUUGAAGAACUUGUAAGAACAAGUGUUCUAUCAAAGAGCUGGCAUGAUACUUGGAAAAAUGUUCCGCAUCUUUAUUUUGAUCUAACGCGAAUGACAAAGGCUUGUAGGGAGCCUUUUUAUCAAGUCAAGAGAAAUAGGCGAAGCCAUUGUGCAAGAAACUUUUUGCCGUGUUCUGAGCAGCAUAUCAAUCAGCUUCAUGAUGCAGCCAGAUUAGUUAAUACUAUCCUCAAUGCUCACUCGGCCUCUGUCACUAGUUGCAGGAUUAAUCAAUUUCCAAUAGGUUUUCAAGAGCCUGUAGAAUCUGUUGAAUAUCUUACCCGAAUAAAAGGAGUUCAAGAACUCUAUCUUACUGGCCGACCUUUGAUAAGAUUUGGUCCUCAGAAGCUAAAGCCACUCCCUUUUCCCUCAUGGGGGAAGACCCUUCAAGUUCUUGAACUUAGCAAAUACACCAUCAAGGAUGCGUCAAUUUUCAAAGGAUGUGACAAUUUGCAUACACUGAGGCUGAAGAUUGUUAAAUUAGGCAAGGAAAGUAUGGGUGAAAUACUGACUUACUGUAAAGCCCUUAAAGAAAUUAGUCUACUCAAUUGCACUGGGAUUGAAAAUCUCACGAUAUCUAAUAAAAACCUCAAAAUCUUGGAGCUUCAUAAUAUUUCUUUUAGUCUAAUUAACAUAUGUGCUGAGAAUCUGGCUGUGCUUGUGCUUGACAACAUUCAGUGUCCAGCUAGUUGUCUCGUCAUUAAAGCACCUGCGGUGGUGAAAUUGGAUGCUUUUCAUCUCAAUCGCAAAGAUUGUUUCGAAAUGGAGGAACUUCUGUCCCGUUGCUGCGGAAUCUUGGUAAGAGAAAUCCUAAAUUUAUAGUCCGGUA